CUCGUGAAAUGAAACCUUCACAUCGGUGUCUGAGUAAGAGCGAAUAAAGGGGAUUUAAUUCAACUAGAAAGUUCAUAUAAGUAGAUUUUUCGGUGUCUGUACGAUUGUUGAACUGCCUUUUCGUCAUUAUCAGUGUGUUUUCCUCUCAACAUGGAUACUGAAGAGUCGAUGCGCUUUUGUCCUGAGACUCCAGUUAAAAGGAAACAUUAUGAGUGGCAGCUGUCAAACGGACAUCAGUGGCAGCCGAUUGAAAACGACCACGUGAUCGAGACCCACUACUGUCAACCCGGAGCUAAAGGAAUCACCCUCAACUUUAACCAGUGGAAGGUUUACAUUGACUUUGACAAGUUAGAGACUCUGACUGCAGGUCUGAAGGUGCAGAGAAUAAGCUUCUUACUGCCGGGCCAGACAGAGGAUGUAGGCUGGUACUUCAGAGAUGACCAGCUUUGGUGUGAAUAUGGAUCCCAAAGCUCCAGCACGGUGUCCUCUUCAAUCAGCAGUGGAGAUAUCGAGCAUCAGUUCCAUCAAAACCCUCGAGGAACCUUCAGUUUCACCGUGGGCUCGACGGCAUACACACUCAACUUCUCCACCAUGACACAAACAAACUGUGUCACAGGCCUGCAGAGGAAUGUAAGAAGGCGUCCAAAAUUCACUUCCAACACAGAGAGGUCCACCAAACAAUGUCAGCUAGUUGUACCUCGUUUGAGAAAGAAAAAUCGUCGGGACAGGACGUUUGCUGUCCUGAGUCGCAGGCUGUGGAACAGUCUCCCUUCAGGAGACAGUGCUGUUUUCCCCGCGGCCUCCUCCUCUCAGCUCACUGAUGGAGGCUACAAGUGGGAGUUCAUGGGAGAAGAGGAGCAAUGGACAGAAUACAAAGCACAUAUAUGUUCAUUUGACAGCGCUGCCAUUGAAAGACAAUACCAGCUGAAUCCACAGGGCCAGCUGCACUUCAGGAUCAAGAGAUACUCAUAUACGCUGGAUUUUUCAAGAAUGUGUCAAGUCAACGACAAUAUCGGAACUACGAGAGCUGUGAGGAGGACUGCUGACGAUGGGAGUCAACAGAUCAGCAGUUCGGGCACACAGCCACGAUGGCAGUUUCAGGAUAUCAAUGGGAGAUGGAAAGAUUAUUCCAAAAUGAGCAGCAGCGUUUCCAGUCAGGACAUCGAGCUCCAGUACCAGCAAAACCCGUCGGGCAUCGUGACGUUCACCACCAUGCACUUUAGCUAUGAGCUAAACUUCUCAGCCAUGACUCAGAGGAACCUUUCCACAAACACCACCAGAUCAGUGCGACGACUGAACCAGUGACUGUGGGACUGAGAAAGAUUUGGAGGUCAACAGUUAACUUAAUGUUGAUCCUCACAGUUUUUCACUGCCUGCUGGAGGUUGUCUCUCUACAUUGGAAUGAUUCAGUACAGUUUUUCACAAGCUGCCUCAUCUCUUUGCUGUUGGCGUUACUCAAUUGUUAUUUAAACAUGGGAUUUUUUUUAAAAAAAAGGUGUGUUUGGGUACAGUUUCUUAUUUAUUAAUUUCAUUUAAUUUUAGGUUUAACUUUCCAGGCAUCAUAAAGAUUAAGUUAAGUUAAUGUUGGGUUGAAAUUUAAGUAGUAGUAGCUCAGUUGAUAGAGUGGACACCCCAUGUAGAUGCUACGUCCUCGCUGCAGUGUCCAACUUUGGCCCCUUUGCUGCAUGUCAUACCCUCUAAGUUGUCCUAUUCAAUAAAGAAAGUAAUCUUUAAAAAAAGGUCUUAGGGAGUAAUAUUCUAUGUAAAAAAAUGUAUAAAGUCUUUUGCGGCUCCAGAGGGAGCUGCGUAAAAUCUGAUAAAUUGCCCAAUUGACACUGACUCAAGUGAUGUUGACAUGAGUGACAUCACUUGAGUCAGGAAUAAAAAAUAAAAAAAAACCCAAAACAUACCUCUGGUUCUGCAGCAUCAACUUUGAUCCUUGAAUUUAGGCUUAAGGGAGCUGUUAGCUGUUAUCUAACAUUUGGUCUACCUGGCCUUGCUCUGCAGCCGUGUCGGCUAAUGGACAUAACUCAGGGCUAAAAGUUGCUGAUGUGAUACAUAUUGAAAUAAACAAAAUAAUUUUAUAAUGUUAGAAUAAGUAAUGUCUUCCAACUAAAGUUUAACCCCGGGCUCUUAGAAAGCAGGGUCAGUCCUACAGCCUUGGACUCAGGUUAACUGUGUGUGUGACAAUAGGAGCUAAGUUAGCUACGGGCUAAGAGUAUGCCGUGUCAAAGGCAAAAUUAUGUGGAAACAGACUCUGAAAAACCUCAUUUAACCUUAAAAUCAAAGACAUGUUCACCAAAGUCUUAAAUACCUGCCUGUUCUUGUGCCUAUGCAUGUUAAAAUGUUCAUGAUUCACGAAUACUGCCUUGUAGUCAGAGCACUUUAUUAUUACAUUUUGAUUAAAAAUCUUUUAUCCUAAAACCAAAGAAAGGUUAACUUCAAUGUUUCAUUUAACACUGCCGACUAGCUGACAAUAAAUCUUUUCAUUAAUACUGCCAUGUAAUCAGUGCGCUUUGUCUUGCUUUUUUAAUUAAAGAUGAUUACCCUUCAUUGUCUGAUCUAGUGUUUAAAAACCAUCACACAAAUAAUGACCACCCUCUGAGUGUAUUAGAUUGUGUACUUUCCUUUAUAUGUACAGAUUUUCACUGAACCACCUCAGAGACCAGCACCUUCACACAUAAAACAAGGGCCACACGACACAUACAUCGACAGCAGUGGUAUACAAAUAAUCUUGUAGAAGAAUAAGCUUUUAGUUUUCUGCUUUGGGGUUUCUGCCGGGAUAUGUGACGCAGGCUUCACAGAUCACAUCCACUUUGUGAUGAAGUCGAACUGCACUCCACUGAUGAAAAAAAGCUCCAAUCACUGACACAUUUGUGGUUUUGAGAGACAAAAAUUGGGAAAUGAACAGAACCUGAACAGUCAAAAAAAAAGCUCACCUCAUACAGGCGGCCUUAUUACACACAAAAAAAUUAAUCCGAAAACAGACAUUACACUUCAGCAUGUUAACAACAAUCAUUGUCAGCAGAAACACAGUGUGACCAAGGUGCAUCUAAAAACCCUAAAACUGUGUAAUUCUCUUUAAAAAUGUAAGAUUUGAAUGAGUACAGGUUAAUAUUCAGCUGUUAAGAAAAUCUGACAGAUCCACGUAAUUAUUUUAGGUCAGCGGAGAUGAAAGAAAAAGCACAUCGACAGCUUCUUGAGCCACUCGAUAUGCAACCAAAAUUGAUUAUUGCACAUGACUCAUCUAAGGCCUCUUCACCAUUAUCACGAGGACAUAAAAAAUGCCAAGGCCCUCACAGAGCAAUCCAUCUUUAAAUAGCUUUGUAUUUACACUUCAUAAUAACACGUCACCAGCACAGGUCCUCCGACAGCUGAAAAGUGCUGAAAUCAAAAUAUAUAGCGCUAAUCUUCAUCAUUGUACAAAUUGGUCGACAGAAAUUUGCUUUUUGAGACCCUCAAAAACUUCAUCCGAGCAAAUUCAGCCGGAUAUGAGAAAAAAAAAGCAGCUGGAAUCAUCAUUAGAAAAGAUGCUAAAAGUUAGAUCUUUUGUGGUCGAGUUCAGUAACAUGCAACAAAGCAUUUGAGAAGCCAGACAGCUGAUUAAAAGGGAAAAUAUUAAUACUUGAGUAACAGAUGAGUGCUGGCUGUCUAGUCCUACACGUGUACCCAUGUAAGGCACAAUCGCCUACGCAGUGCAUACACUCCUUGUUCAUCGCUUUUAGCGUUAGCAUUUUGUUAAAAGGACACUGCUGUAAUAGCUACUCCACUCGUCCUAUUCCUCUAUAAGACACAGAUAAAUCAUUCAUACUGCAUUUACAGAAAUUGAUACAUUAGAAAAGGAGGUGAAACGG